UCUGUUAAUUCGUAGUUGAAAUAGUCUCUGUCCCAACAGCUCUUAGAUUCCAGUAAACUCUUCAGCCAAAGAUGGCUCAUCUUCAAGCACUUUUUAAAUAUGUGGACGAACACCAGGAGCUAUACAUUGAGCGUCUUGCCCAAUGGGUUGCUGUGCAGAGUGUGUCCGCCUGGCCGGAGAAGCGAGGGGAGAUCAAGAAGAUGAUGGAGAUGGCAGCCAAGGACAUUGAGAAGCUGGGGGGCACGGUGGAAAUGGUAGACAUUGGCAAACAAAAGCUUCCCUCCGGAGAGGAGAUCCCCUUGCCACCCAUCGUCCUUGGCUGCUUGGGCUCUGACCCGAGCAAGAAGACGGUGUGCAUCUACGGCCACCUGGACGUCCAGCCAGCCGCAAUCGGCGACGGUUGGGACACAGAGCCUUUCACGCUGGUGGAGAAAGAUGGGAAGCUCUAUGGCCGAGGCUCGACAGACGACAAGGGCCCAGUGUUGGCCUGGUUCAACUGCAUUGAGGGCUACCAAAAGAUCCAACAGGAACUUCCGAUCAACAUCAAGUUCUGCUUCGAGGGCAUGGAGGAAUCAGGCUCGGAGGGCCUGGACGAGCUGGUGUUCGCCCGCAAAGACACCUUCCUGAAGGACGUGGAUUACGUAUGCAUCUCAGACAACUACUGGCUGGGCAAGACCAAACCCUGCAUUACCUAUGGACUGAGAGGGAUCUGCUACUUCUUCAUUGAGAUGGAGUGCUGUGACAAGGACCUCCAUUCUGGGGUGUUUGGAGGCUCGGUCCAUGAAGCCAUGACCGACCUCAUUGCACUUUUGGGCUCCCUAGUGGACAAGAAGGGGAAGAUCCUGGUCCCGGGGAUGUACGAGGAAGUGACCAAUGUCACUGAGGAGGAGAAGAAACUGUACGAGAAGAUCGACUUUGACAUGGUGGAGUACGCCAAGGACAUCGGAGCUGGGAAGCUCCUACACGACACCAAGGAGGCUAUCCUGAUGCACCGCUGGAGGUACCCCUCCCUCUCUCUGCAUGGCAUCGAGGGGGCCUUCUCUGACGUGGGUGCCAAGACCGUCAUUCCCCGCAAGGUCAUUGGCAAGUUCUCCAUCCGCCUGGUCCCUGACAUGGACCCCAAAGUGGUGGAGAAACAGGUUACUGGCCACCUGGAGAAGAAGUUUGCUGAACUAGAGAGUCCCAACAAGCUCAAGGUGCACAUCGGCCACGGGGCCAAAGCCUGGGUGUCCGACUUCAACCAUCCCCAUUACAUGGCUGGUAGAAAGGCCAUGAAGACCGUGUUCGGUGUGGAACCUGACCUGACGCGGGAAGGCUGCAGCAUCCCAGUCACCCUGACCUUCCAGGAAGCCAUCGGCCGCAACGUCAUGCUGCUGCCCAUGGGCUCGUCUGAUGACGGAGCACACUCCCAGAACGAGAAAUUCAACAGGACAAACUACAUCCAGGGCAUCAAGAUGCUCGGCGCAUAUUUCCACGAGGUCUCCCAGUUGGAGUAAAUGAACUAGCCAGACCUGAGUGAGAUGUGUCCUUCCACCUCCAGAACUGUGGACCCAACUGUUUAGUUUUCUAUCCAAUGCAAGUUUCAUAAUGUUUUCCUUGAACUGCUGCUGCUGUACAGCAAAAUGGAGCCUUGAAGAUCUUCGUUAGUCAUUUGUAAUUUCGUCUUCCAUCAAGAAGAUAAGUAGAGGAAAAUAAUAUAAAAGUAUUGUACUGUAGAAGCGCCAUCGUAUAGCGUCAUCUACUGAAUCGGAGAGUUCUACAUUAGAUCUAAACCAAACUCGAAGGAAGCGUGAACAGUAUACCCCAUUACACUUCUAUGUUGUGGUGUAUUUAUGAAUGUGCUAACAGACAACCGUACACCUACAGAAUACACACUCCUUUCCUUCAUUUGGGGGACUUUGAGAUGAUUUUAUACCUGAUUAUUUUCUAUCUUAAGAUGUUAGCUUGUUUGGGAAACCUCCAACUGUAAUGGAAAAAAGCACACCAUCUUGAACUAUUUUAUUCCUGUUUUAGAUAUUAUGGGUAAUCAUUUAUGAAGCACAACACUGCAGUAUGUCUUAAAACAUGAGUAGAACAGAGGACAUAGCCAUAGACAUCUGCAGAUAUUGGAGGCAUAUGGAAGUAUUUGAAGUGAUGACAAUAACUCAAUACUUUUGCAUUACGUUGAAUAUUACAGUAUACAAUAUCGCUUCUUGAUUUAUCCAUUCAAGGUUCUCUUAACUGGAGCUUGACUUGACUUGUGUAUGCAUCUAUUUUCUCCCUUGUCACAAGCCAAUAUAUUCAAUAAAUCAUAACAUCAGUC